AAGCAUGGAGGAUUCUUCCUUUUCUCUCGUUGGUGCGGCUUGUGUCCGCAGGAAUGGCAGACUAACCUAGUAUUCAUUAUUAGAUGCACCGAACUUGCCCGAACUCUGCAUGAUGGCGCGAUUUCCAUAAGCAUGAAAAGAUACCCCUCUAUCAACAUCCAGGCUAAGUGCAAAAAGGAGGGGUUAUACUAAAAUGGACGGCAGGGCCAGAUGGCUCCAAGGGAUCUAGUGCCAGCACCCUAACGCAGUUAAUUUGAGUACACUGCGAAUCCUGCGGCACAUCUCAGUGUGUCUCGCCUGUUCCAGCCUUACGCAGUAAUCGAUUGCAAUAAUAAGUUACACGGGUGCGGGGUUGAUGGUUUUCUAGUCGUAGCCAGGGUGUACGUACGUCGUGCCUAACCACACAACCACCACCUCACCUCCGGUGCCGGGUCAAGGUGGGCAGGGGCGGCUGAUGAAUAGAUUAUUUAAAUAAUAAAGGGAAACAAAGCCAUGCACUUCUCUGCUCGAUACAUGCCAUGUUGGUGCAGUGGUACACAACACAACUUCUCACCUUCCUCUGAAAUCUGAGGUUCCCAUAAAUUCAAGUGGCGGUCAGAAUCAGUUAUGGCAGAGAGCGAUGUAGAUAUCAUCGUUGUAGGCGGGGGAACAACGGGGUUGAUUACUGCGGGUCGUCUGGCUCAAGCCAAACCAGACCUCUCGAUCCUGGUGAUCGAGGCGGGGAUCAAUUCUCGGAAUAACCCGAUGGUGGUCAACCCGGCGAUAUACCUUUCGAACAUCGCGCCAGACUCAACCACCGCGAAGUUCUACAAAUCCAAGGCCAGCGAUUACCUCGGAGGACGAGAGGCUAUUGUCCCGAUUGGCAACAUUCUUGGGGGAGGCAGCUCCAUCAACUUCAUGGUCUAUACCAGGGCCCAAGAAAUAGAUUAUGAUGAUUGGAAUACAGAAGGUUGGACGGGAAAGGACAUGAUACCGUUCAUCAAGAAAAUCGAGAGAUUCCAAGAUACAGACCCUGAAAUAGAUAAAUCCAUCCAUGGUUACAACGGGGAGCUGAGCGUCUCCGCAGGAGGAACCUAUGUGCAGGCCUCGUUCCAGAAAGAUUUCUUCAAAGCAUGCGAGGAUAUUGGAAUCAAGAAGGUCCCAGAUGUACAAGAUUUCAAAACAGCGAAUGCAGUUGGCCGAUGGAACAUGUGGAUCGAUGAGAAAACUGGCUUGCGGCAAGACGUGCCUCACAAUUUCCUCUUCCCCAUCCUAGACGCAGGGAACACGAAGCUCAAGGUCCUCACAGACUCGACGGUAGUAAGGGUCCUGUUUGAUGAAUCUAACCGGGCCAACGGCGUCGAAUACGUACCUACCGGGGCAGAUCCUUCCACAGCACCGAUUAUAGCACACGCGAAGCAGCUUGUUUUAGUUGCAGCCAAUGCGCUGGGUACUCCCCAGGUCUUGCAAAGGUCUGGAAUCGGGAAUAAAUCGAAACUUGAGGCGUUAGGUAUUCCAGUGGUGUCUGAUUUGAAUGGAGUUGGGAGCAACUAUCAGGAUCACCAUGGUGUCUUCUACUCAUACUCCUCCAAAGCGACAGCGGAGGAAACACUGGAUGGCCUACUCACGGGCCGCCUCCCCCUCGAACAAGCAUUGUUGCUAAAGGCAUCCAACCCCACCCGCCAUUUGCUUGGAUGGAAUGGCCUUGACUGCUUCGGAAAGCUUCGACCCUCAGAAACGGAAGUAAAUGAGUUUGGCACAGCGUUACAGGAAGCGUGGGAUAAGGAUUUCCGUCACAGAGAAACUAGGCCCUUAAUGCUUAUGUGCGCAAUCGCGGCAAAUCUAGCACGAAAGGGACCACCAGUCGAGGGGCAAUAUUUCUCUAUGGUUUCAUAUACCGCAUAUCCUUACUCACGGGGGUCAAUCCACAUUACGGGCAAAUCCGUCACCGAUACUCCAGAGUUUGAUGCCGGUUUUCUCAAUCAUCCCGCAGACAUAAUGAAGCUAGUAUGGGGAUAUAAGAAACAACGAGAAAUCGCGCGCAGGCUACCAUAUUACAACGGCCCGCACCACGUUGGUCAUCCGGCCUUUCCUCCAAGAUCAAAGGCAGACCCUGAGGUAGUGGACGCGGCUUCUAAGGCGAAGGGAUACCCAGUGCCGAUAGAAUACUCAGAAGCAGACAAUAAAGCCAUCGAAGAGUGCAUCCGUGAGAAUCUCACCACCACAUGGCAUAGUAUGAGCACGUGUGCAAUGAAACCACGGGAGGACGGAGGAGUAGUAGACAAAGACUUGAAUGUCUAUGGUGUUAAAAACCUAAAAGUCGUCGAUCUCUCGAUAUGCCCAAGCAAUGUAGCAGCAAACACCUACUCGACUGCACUUGCUAUUGGAGAGAAAGCCGCGAGCAUCAUUGCGAGAGAGCUAGGUAUCCCUUACACCGUCUAAUUCGCGUGCUCAAGGUCUACUUUAUAUGAAUUAAGGGUGUAGCCGGUGAAGCGACCAACAAUGCAUUCGUCAGGAACCAUUGAGAUGAAAUUGAAUUACAGUGCUUAGUCCUGGUCAGCCUCAACAUUAAUUCAGUUAGUUCAAUUCACACGUUGAAACUUUAAAUAUGCUUAAGUUACUCGGUAACUA